AACACAGAAAUGUCUGCUGCCAGCUGUCUGCUAUCUGAGGAUCAGUUCCUGUGCUCCAUCUGUCUGGAUGUGUUCACUGAUCCAGUCAGUACACCAUGUGGACACAACUUCUGCAAAAACUGUAUCACACAGCACUGGCAUGUUAAUGUCCCGUGCUAUUGUCCCAUGUGUAAAAAAGUUUUCAACCAAAGACCUGAGCUGCAGGUCAAUACUUUCAUAUCUGAGAUGGCUGCUCAGUUCAGGAAGUCGGCUCAAAAGGAAGCCAGCAGCCGCUCAGACCAACGAUGUGCCAAACCAGGAGAAGUUCCCUGUCACGUCUGCACCGGGACCAAACUGAAGGCCCUUAAAUCCUGUCUGGUGUGUCUGGCCUCCUACUGUGAGACUCACCUGGAGCCUCAUCGGAGAAUCACAGUCCUGAAAACACAUCAGCUGAUCGAUCCUGUGGAGAACCUGGAAGGCAGGAUGUGUAAGAAGCACAAUAAACCACUGGAGCUUUUCUGCAAGACUGACCAGCUGUGUGUAUGUCUGCUCUGCACUUCAGACCACAAGUCACACGAUAUUGUUCCUCUGAAAGAAGAAUAUGAGGGAAAGAAGGCUGAGCUGGGGAAGACAGAAGCUGAAAUUCAGCAGAUGAUCCGAGAGAGACACGUGAAGAUUCAGGAGAUCAGACGGUUGGUGGAGCUCAGCAAGGAAGCUGCAGACAGAGAGAUGGCAGACAGUGUGCGGGUCUUCACUGCUCUCAUGCAGUCUGUUGAGAGAGGCCAGGCUGAGCUCGUUCACAUGAUCGGAGAGAAGCAGAAAACAACAGAGAAACAGGCUGAAGGCUUCAUCAAAGAGCUGGCGCAGGAAAUCACUGAGCUAAAGAAGAGGAGCACUGAGGUGGAGCAGCUCUCACACACUGAAGACCACCUCCACCUCUUACAAAGCUUCCCAUCCCUGAACACUGCUCCACACACCAAGAACUGGACAGAGGUCCGAGUCCAUCGCUCAUCAUAUGAGGGGAGUGUGAGGAGAGCUGCGGCUCAGGUGGAGGAGACACUCAGUACAGAGAUGAAGAGGCUGCUUAAGGCUGAGCUGAAGAGGGCCAAGCAGUAUGCAGUGAAUGUGACUCUUGAUUCUGAUACCGCUAAUUCCUACCUCGUCCUGUCUGAUGAUGGGAAACGGGUAAAUUGUAGUGAUGUAGAGAAGAAUCUCCCGGACAACCCAGAGAAAUUUUUUGCUUGUCCCUGUGUCUUGGGAAAGCAACACUUCUCUUCGGGAAGAUUUUACUACGAGGUUCAGGUUGAAGGGAAGACUAAAUGGGAUUUAGGAGUUGCCAGGGGAUCAAUCAACAGGAAGGAAGAAAUCACAGAAAGCCCUUUGAAUGGCUACUGGACUUUAUGGCUGAGGGAUGAAAAAGUGUACAGCGCUGCUACUGGCCCUGAUGUCCCCCUCUCUCUGAAAUCGAAGCCUAGGAAGGUCGGGGUCUUUGUGGAUUAUGAGGAAGGUCUGGUCUCCUUUUAUGACGUAGAUGAUGCAGCUCUUAUCUACUCCUAUACUGGCUGCAGCUUCACUGAGAACCUCUACCCCUUCUUCUGUCCCUGUCUUGAUGAUGAUGGUAAAAACUCCACCCCUCUGAUCAUCUCUCCUGUCAAUCGCACAGAUUAGUCUC